GCUUACCUUGGGAAAAAAAAUUCUGUUAAAAAAAUAAUUAUUGGAAAAAAAUUGAAAUAAUAUGAAAAACUAAUGUCAAGAAUGGGAUUCGAACCCAUGCCCUUUCGGACCAGUACCUGAAACUGGCGCCUUAGACCAACUCGGCCAUCUUGACUGAUUGUUAGCUAAAGCAAUGAGAUAAUUAUUCAUACUAGCCAAGCACGAGUAUUAUUACAUUUCUUCUCUCUUUUUGGGUUUAAUUACGUUCCCGCGUUUCUUCAAAAUGAUCUGUGAGUAAUUGACUAUACUUUCCCUUUCCUCUUCACGAACCCAAAUGAAUUCUCUCCUCAAUAAAAAACUCCACACCAGAAUCUCGCCCUUCACUCUCAAAUUCGUAUCCUCGCUUGCCGUUGUGGAAAACCCAUCUUCUUUUCCCAGUGAAAACGACCAAAGUCCCAGUCAUUUUGACCCCUUGCAGUUCUUCAAUGAUUAUACAAAAUCAAGACAGUGUACUACUAGAAACACUAAAAUCUUGCACACCCAUUUGCUUAGAACUGAUUUACUGCAAUCCAAUAUCUUCAUUGCGAAUUCUUUGCUUGAUUCGUACUGUAAGUCUUCUGCCAUGGUAGAUGCACUAAAGUUGUUUGAUUUUAUUGCUGAUCGAACUGUUAUUUCAUGGAAUAUGAUGAUAUCGGGUUAUAACCAGAACUCCUUAUUUGAGAAGUCGUGGGAAAUUUUCUGUAGGAUGCACUCUUCGGGUUUUGAGCCCAAUGAGUUUACCUAUGGGAGUACUCUUUCAGCUUGCACUGCCUUGCAAGCUCCCACUUUUGGUAAGCAGGUUUAUUCACUUGCAAUAAAAAAUGGGUUCUUUCCGAAUGGUUAUGUUCAGGCUGGAAUGAUAGACUUGUUUGCAAAAAAUUUCAGCUUUGACGAUGCUUUGAGGGUUUUUAAUGAUGUUUCAUGUCAGAAUGUUGUGAGUUGGAAUGCGAUUAUCUCUGGAGCAGUGAGAAAUGGAGAGAACAUGGCUGCUUUGUAUCUUUUUCGGCAAAUGUGUCGUGGAGUUUUUUUGCCAAAUAGUUUUACAUUUUCUAGUGUUUUAACCGCUUGCUCUGCACUUGAAGAAGUUGGAGUUGGGAAGGAAGUUCAAGGGUGGGUGAUUAAACGUGGUGCAGAAGAUGUCUUUGUUGGGACUACUAUUGUGGAUUUAUAUGCCAAAUGUGGAAAAAUGAAUGAAGCUGUCAAGAAAUUCUCACGUAUGCCAACCCGUAAUGUGGUUUCUUGGACUGCCAUCAUUUCAGGUUUUGUGCAUAAGGACGAUUCUGUUUCUGCCCUAAAAGCUUUCAGAGAAAUGAGAAAAAUGGGAGAACAAAUGAAUAAGUACACUGUUACUAGUAUACUUACUGCAUGUGCUAAAACAUCCAUGGCUGAAGAGGCAACCCAAAUUCAUUCUUUGAUAUUAAAAGCUGGAUUCUAUUCAGCCGCAGUUGUGGGGUCAGCUUUAAUUAAUGCGUACUCAAAAAUAGGAGCAGUUGAUCUAUCUGAGAUGGUGUUCAGAGAGAUGGAAAAUAUAAAGGAUCUGGGUACAUGGGCUGCGAUGAUAUCUUCUUUUGCUCAGAAUCAAAAUUCCGGAAGGGCAAUUGAAUUGUUCCAGAGAAUGUUAGAAGGAAGUGUGAGACCAGACAAGUUUUGUACUUCCAGUGUCUUGAGUAUUGUAGACUGUUUAAAUCUAGGGAGACAGAUACACAGCUACACUCUUAAAAUUGGGCUGGUCUCUGUUGUUUCUGUUGGUAGUUCUCUUUUCACAAUGUACUCGAAGUGUGAUAGUCUAGAAGAAUCUUACAAAGUUUUUCAGCAAAUUCCCGACAAAGACAAUGUUUCAUGGGCCUCAAUGAUUUCCGGUUUUGUAGAACAUGGCUGUGCAGAUCAAGCCCUUCAACUAUGUAGAGAAAUGCUAUCAGAAGAAGUUAUACCCGACCAGAUAACUUUAACUGCAAUUCUAACGGCAUGUUCUGCUUCUCGUUCCCUACAGACGGGUAAGGAAAUUCAUGGUCAUGCCCUUCGCAAAGGAGUCCAACAAGAUGUACUUGGUGGUGCAAUUGUGACCAUGUACUCAAAAUGCAGUGCUCAAAAAUUGGCAAGGACGGUGUUUGAUAUGCUUCCCCAAAAGGAUGAGGUUGCAUGCUCUUCCUUGGUUUCAGGGUAUGCCCAAAAUGGGUACAUCGAAGAGGCAUUGUUGCUAUUCCAUGAUAUUCUGAUGGCGGAUUUGACCAUUGACUCCUUCACAAUUUCAUCUAUUAUUGGGGCCAUUGCACUUUUAAAUAGACUUAGUAUUGGGACUCAACUGCAUGCCCACAUAAUGAAAGUUGGCUUCAAUUCAGAUGUUUCUGUUGGCAGUUCACUACUGACAAUGUACUCAAAAUGUGGAAGCAUUGAAGAUUGCUGCAAAGCAUUUGUUCAAAUUGAGAAACCAGAUUUAAUUUCUUGGACAGCUAUGAUUGUUAGCUAUGCUCAACAUGGGAAAGGCGCAGAGGCUUUAAGAGCGUAUGAGCUUUUGAGGGAACAAGGAAUCAGACCUGAUUCAGUGACUUUUGUUGGACUUUUAUCUGCUUGUAGCCAUAACGGAUUGGUUGAAGAAGCUUAUUUCUAUUUUAAUUCAAUGGUUAACGACUAUGGACUAGAGCCUGGUUAUCGCCACUAUGCCUGCAUGGUUGAUCUCCUUGGUCGAUCAGGGAGACUGAAAGAGGCUGCACUGUUCAUUGAGAAUAUGCCUAUUGAACCGGAUGCUUUAUUAUGGGGAACACUGCUUGCUGCUUGUAAAGUUCACGGAGAUAUGGAGCUGGGAAAGCUCGCAGCUGAAAAGGUUAUGGAGUUGAAGCCAUGUGAUGCCGGGACAUACAUCUCCCUUUCAAACAUCUGUGCAGAUGUAGGCCAGUGGGAGGAAGUCCUGAAGAUUAGAAGCCAGAUGAAAGGAACUGAUGUGAGGAAGGAACCUGGUUGGAGCUUAGUGUAAACUAUAAUUAUACUUUGAUUGGUUAGUCUCACUGGUGAGUGAUUAUGAUCUUUAUCGCAAAUUAAAGAAAAAUCAACUAACAAUGGAAGGGGGAGCAGAUCGACACAAAGGACUGCAAGCAAAUAAGAAUGCUUCACUGUAUACUAGAUACUAGCGUGUCUCGGUAAAUUUACAUAUGGCCCUUCUCAUUCCUUCUUUAGUUCGGUGAUUUCUCUGUGAUAGAUGGAGUUUGGGCCUUUUUCAUUUUGUCUCAAACUUUGUUUCUCAUUCAAUGUUUUCUUUGGCUCCGUAUAGCGAAAUACAAUCCCACUUUGGAAUGAAACACAGGGAACUUAUUCUUACUGAGCAUAUUGAAGAGACAUACCAAUGCCUGCUGCUUAAGUUUGGUAUUAAGCAGAUCAGAGGGCCAGCUAGUCAGAAAAGCCAAACUAGUGGGAACAUACCAAGCAUUCCAAAACAGGGGGGAUGAAAAUCCAGGUGCGUGGGCUUUAAAAUGAAUAAAAGGAAGAAUCACAAAACCAUCUUGAUGAAACUUGGCAUGCCUUGUACGCAUUCUAAAUGGGGAUUUUCAUGUUCGAUGCUUGAAUCAAAUGAAUCAAAGGUUAUAAGCCAUCCAUGGGAUAUUGACCUGGUUUAGUACACACUGCGUUGGAUACAGUUCUUGUUGCUGGCGAAUCAAUGAAGAAUCGGACUGCAGGACAAGGGAACUGAGGCAUUACAAUGCAGAGAUUGGUGCAUGGGUUCCAAUUCUCUUUUUGUGCUCAAUUUAAGGGAGACAUUAUUGGAGCUUCAACCCCAGUAUGAGUGCUCAGUUUUUUUUGUCCUCUUUUGAUGCUCUAUUUAAGGAGAAUAACAUCUCAAACUCUGAUCAUCCUUCUUCAAUGAUCAUAAUAACUUCUAUAAAAUUGUCUUCGGAUCUUUCCGAACUGUGAUGAAUGCACCAAGCUAUACAUUCUUGGAUCUUA